AUGGCUCCAAAUCUGCUGCCUAACACUCUCUACCUCUACCUCCUCGCCAUCAUCCCACAGUUCACGAGCGCCCAAACAACACCAAUGACCGUGAACAACACCGCAGCUUCCCCAACACCCACCUCCAACUACCCUAUCAAAACCAUCUUUCUCCCCCUCGACGUCCCUCCAAAUCUAGGCGCCUCCAUCGUCACAGCAGCCCCCAACGCCACCGAAUACGCCCUGUCCUGCCUGUCCACCCCAUCUCAAAAUUCAGACGACACCUGCGCCUUCGCAACCCCCGUAACCAUCACCGAAGGCCCCGGAACGCUUGUCUAUACCAUAUUCUACCACGACGAUGAAGGCGCCACAACAAACGCCGCCCCAGCAACGAUCAACUGCGCCCUCUCCGGCUCACCAAGCGUCACAGCAGCAACGUGCAUCGGACGGAGCGCGAUCGCCGGGCUAGGAGAAUUCGCCUCGACGUCUACGCUCGCGUACUCGCAGAUUCUGUACGCGACGUUGGCGGUUACGGCGGGAAGGGAGAAGUUGGAGGGGGUGAGGGAAGGGGAGGGGAGGGCGGGGGGUUCGAGCUCGAGUGAGGGGGUGGGUGCGAGGGCGACGGCGGGGCUUGGUGGAGGGAUGAGGUGGGUGGCGGGAGCUGCUUUGGGGGUUGCGGCGGCGGUGGUGCGAUGA